UUCCUCUUGCCAUCUAUAAAGACAAGAAGGCUCUUAUCCACCAUUUGAAAAUGUAUGCAAUCAAUAACAAUUUUCAAUAUAGAACCCUUACAUCAAACAAAGAAAGCCUUCAUGUCAUUUGUAAGGAUGAAAGAUGCAAAUGGACCGUGCGCGCAGUUAGAUUAACUCGAGUCAAUAUGUUUCAGAUAAGAAGGUUUCGUCCUACACAUACUUGUUUAGUCGAUUACAGACAAGGUAACCACAGGCAAGCUACAGCAGAUAUCAUUGCAGAUAUGGUUGCGUACAAAUAUCUUGAUGCCUCAGAAACACCAUAUACUCCGAAACAGUUAAGGAAUGACGUGGCUUUGCAAUUUGGAAUUUCAAUGUCGUAUAAGAAAGCUUGGAAAGCGCAAAAACUUGCUAAGGAAAAGCAGUUUGGCUCAGAUGCAGCCUCGUACCAACUUUUACCCUCGAUGGCCCACAUGCUUAAGCAGUCCUACAGUAAACAAACAUGUAACAAUCAUAAGUUAUAUAACAAAAUAAAUUUGAAAUUAAAUGAUUUAUUAUUACCACAACAUCGUUUCUUUGCAGGUCAUGUACUUGCUUUUCUGCAGUUUUAUCACUAUUCUUAACUUCUUCAUCAUCUUUCUGUUUCUCCUACAAACAACAUUAUAUUCAUAUUAUAC